CGAUAACAGAUAUUCGUCACCGAUUAAUGGAUAUUAUUAUAAGAUAAAAAAAUUAAAGAACGAUUGAAGUGACGGUUCUUGAUUAGUGAGGGGGUACCGACUGUCGUUGACAGCCUCGUACCUGAAAAACACCGAAUAUUUUCACGAUCCUAGGGUUUUUGCUAGGGUUUUUCUUCGGAAUUGGGAAGCAUUAGGAUUUUAUAGCAAUGUUUCACAGAGCUAAAUCGAGCUUAGCAUCGAAUCUCCGGCGAUUUUCCUCAAUGGUUCGUCGUCAUAUUGAAGACGAAGGUGACUGGUUUUACUCCCAAGAAUGGUGGGGAAGCGAUGGCCACACUGUCUUCCGAUCAAUUUCCGACAAGGGAAACGGUGUCGUCUCGGUCAUAGCUUAUCCUUCUUCCAGACCAGAUUUAUUCAAAAUCCCGAAUCUGCCUCAUAAAACUUUUCUGAUUGAUGGAGUUUGCAUUACACACUGCCAAAGCUCAAGUCUACAAAUCCAAGUUUGAACCUAGACCAUAAUCACCAAGACCGAGGCCAUACAGCAGAGUCAGAUUUACUGGCCUCAAACACAGAAAUGGCUUCAGCAAAGGUAUGCAGAGUUACAUGCAGGUCAUGAACAGAAUGGCCAUUUCAGGAUUCUAGGUUAUCAAUGGCGCACUCUUCGCUUUAAUGAUAAUACUCGCCAAAGCACAGUUAAAAUAAUGGCUGCUUAUAGGGAAUCGGAACCUGGAUCUCUAUGCUUUAUGCAGCAGGCUCAUUGUCUGGCUGUUCCAUAUGUCAAGAGUAUGAUAUCUGUUGGGUUGGCUAGCAUAGCAUCUUGUAAUUAUGAUCUCAAGGAUGCUAUGCUUGGGAAGAGAAGUAUGAAUAUUCUGUGCAUCGGUCAUGGAGGGGGAAGCUUGCCACUAUUUUUAGCUUCCAAGAUUCAAGGUGCUAUUGUUCACAUUGUUGAAAUUGACCCCAUCGUUAUAUCAGCCUCAAUCCAAGCAAUGGGGUUCCCAUCUUUCUCAGUUGUGGCCCCAUCUGGUGGGCGUCUACACCCAAAACCCAAUCGUAUUGAUGAGGUACUGUGGAAAGGCAUUCAUGAGAGGCUCCUCCUAUAUGAAUCUGAUGCUGAGAAGUUCAUUCUUGACACGAACAAUCUUUAUGACAUGAUCUUCAUUGAUGCCUAUGAUGGCGAAGACAUUUUUCCUUACAAGUUGUGGGAUCCAGAUUCUGCAUUUCUCAAAGCUCUAGGUAACCGGCUUCACCCUGAGCAUGGAACGGUUGUGGUGAACCUUCACUCAGAUGCUGAUAUCUUGGAUGUUGAUGGUUCUGUCCCAUCUGUUCUUCACCAGCUUCUGCCGAUGGGGAAGUAUGUUUCUGGAAUAGGCAGAGCAUACAAGGAUGUUUUGUUGGGAAAUGAGAGUUCCACUCCUUUGGCUUAUACUGUUUCUGUGCCUUGGGUGUGUAAUACAUCUCUUGUUGUGUGUAGAGGUUUUGGGAACACAAAUGGGAGUCUUGACAGAGAUAUGGUUCUGAACACUCUUAUAUCCAAAUCAUUUGAAGUUGAGAAUGCCCUUAGCUUGCCAUUCUCAUGUAUGCAGUAUAUAAAGAGAGGGUUUAUUCUUGUUGAUUAAUCAUUGAAGAAUUGAUUGUCUGCUCUUUUGCCA